AUGGCAAACGAGCAGAACUCAUACACCAUCAACCGCAGAUGGGUUAAAAUCAGUAACAGGUGGGGGGGAAAAUUAGAAAAGAUUUUUAGGGCUGGUAAAGCUACAAAAACGAUCGAAGGUAUUAAUUAUAUUGAUGAUGCAGAAUUCUGCAUCGCUAAGGGAAUAGAUGGCUCUGAAAUCUUCCUAGGGCUGAGAACUGAUGGCACGGAAGUGGCUAUAAAGAGAAUUUCUAAAUUGAAUAACUAUCAGUGUCUUAAGAACGAGGCAGACAUUCUGAGACUUCCAGGGUUAGAUUAUCCAUGUAUUACACGAUACAUUGAAUUUGUAGAGGAUGACCAGUUUGGUUAUCUUUGUGUUCAACUGUUUGAACACACACUGGAUGAAUACAUCAGGGUUUGUCCAGAGUAUCAGCUAUAUCAAAUUGUGUGCUCCAUCCUCAAAUCUCUGAAAGUACUUCAUGAUCAGGGAAUUUUCCACUGGGAUCUCAAGCCACAGAAUUUUUGGAUUGAUGUUACCGGAAGGGUGCGACUGGCUGGCUUUGGCUUAUGUCGCUGGUCACCUGAUGAAGAAACAACCUUGUACACAGGCCGCGCAGAACCAAAAAACUGGAUGGCCAACGAGACUUUGACCGGAGAAGACAACAGACCGCUCAACUGGAGCACUGAUAUAAAGGCUGCCGGGAUACUGAUUGAUUAUGUCCUCUCCAGAGGACAACAUCAAUUUCAUAUCAGUAUUCAUGAAAAUAAGUACAAUUUGGACGAGCUGGCUAAGGACCUUAUUGAGUGGAUGAUUGACAUGAAUCCAAACAACAGACCUGGAGUGCAAGACUGCUUGAACCAUCCCUUCCUCUGGUCCCCUAAAAAGUGA